AUGAAGAACCAACGUUUGCUCUUAAUAAACAUCUCUCUACUGCUAUUGCUUAUAGACUCGAAUGCUUUCAACCCACAGAAUCUGAAUGACAGGCAAUCGUCUAAUGCCGCUAACACCGCCAAGAAUGCACAAGCAGGGCAGUAUCCAUCAUCAUCCACGUUUCGUACUGAAAAAUUAUUGUCGUCAGAACCUGUUGAAGCUACACCAAUAACUCGUCGAAGAUGGACGCAAGAUUUCCUUAUUGGCGGUGGAUUGGCUGCUCUCCUUGGUGGGAGUACUACUAUUGCGGAGCCAGCCUCUGCGGCAUGUUUGCCAGGUGAUUUGUCUAAGGAAUGCAUUGGCGUUUACAAGGUCCCCAUCGACGACGGUAUUUUACCCUUUGUUGGAACCCCCGAAAAGCUCAAGUUAUAUGCACCCGACCUGAACUACAUUCCACCCAUUAAAGCUCCUAUUAACGCCAAGAGAGCACUCGAACUCUUGGACACUCAACAAUUGGCGGCAGAAGACAUUCAACAGGUGGUCAUGUCUGGAAAGUUAGAAGAAGCAGGCAUUAAGGUUCUCGGUCUGUUGCCUGUGGUGCAAUCAUCUGGAAAAUUCUUGGUGGAUAAGAUUGAAUAUGGACUACUGACUCCCAAUUCCACCACUAUUGACGAUCUGAAGAUUUCCAAACUGAAGUCGGAUCUUGACCUGGCACUUGGCAUGUGGGGAGAAUGCGACAUGGUCAUUGGGCAAGGACUUCGAGGACAGCUAGGGGUCACGACCGUGGCACAGUUGCAAAUACUGAGCUCCAUCAAAGACGCCAUUGUUGCAUAUGACGACUUUUUGGUCAAUGCGAGGCUAUUAUCAAAAGAAGCCAAAAUAGUGUAG